AUUGGCAAUUGCCACGCAGCCCAGCACGCAGUACCGGAUUUUGCUCGAGGCGCUCUAGACGAACUUAACACAACUAAGAAAGACGGAGGUAACCAACUCCUGAACUACUGAUAAGCGAAUGUCUCAGGGCCCAGAGCGGGGUGUGCUUAAGCGCUCAGCACCCUCAACCAUUGACACGGACGACGAGCUGCGUCUUGAGGAAAAAAUCCGUCACCAUCUGAACAGCUCUGGCAAGCGCGAGGAACUAAAGCAGCUUCUUGCUUCUCGCCUUGCCGCUUGCGGUUGGCGCGACGACAUCAAGCAGCGCUGCCGCGACUUCGUGUCCAAGAAGGGUCCAGAGGCGGUGGUGAGCACCGACGACAUUGUUCGCGCGGUGCGACCCGCGGGUCGGGCCAGCGUGCCGGACAGCGUCAAGGCGGAGCUGCUGGCGGAGAUCAAGAAGUUCAUACUCAGCAUCUAGCUGGGCCGUACUGACUGGGCCCCUGGUUGAGCAGCAGCUACAGGACAGCAAGGCACCUGCGGGCGGGGCUUCAGCUACAGGGAGGCGCUGACGUACAGCGAUAACAGCAGUAACAGCAAACACAGGCCUGAUAGCAACAGCUGCAGCUACAGGACGGGAAGGCGCUCUUAACGGCAAACAGGCUUGAUAACAACAGCAGCGCUAAAGGACAACAGCACUUCGACAUGGCGUCCCCCUCACCUCCACCAUCCGCAGCAGGCCCCUCCACCUCCUCCUCCUCCUCCCCAGCACCCCUCUCCUCCCCCUCCUCUCCCCUCUACCAUGUCGCCGCGGUGGACCAGGGCCUGAACCUGGAGCCCGAAACCCUGUCGUACUGGGGCUACGACGACGGCAGCAACACGCUGCUGGUCGUCAAGGGCGGACUGGUGUUCGCGUACGACAUCUCCCCCGCUGCCGUACCGGGCAGUCCGGAGCAGCUGCGCUGGACCUACCCGCUGGGCGAGGGCGCGCCCGUGCGGCGCAUGCGGCUGAGUCUGGACGGGCGGCAGCUGGCGGUGCAGCGCGGGGGGCGGCUGCUGGAGGUGGUGGAGCUGGCCAGCGGGAAUGUGUUCGUGCAGGGCUCCGACCGCGGUCGCUCCGAGGUGCUCACCUUCUUCUUCACGGAGCUGCCGGGCAGUGAGGUGGUGCUGGUCACCCCCGCGGGGCUGGAGCUGCUGGAGUGGGUGCAGCCCAGGAGGCAGGGGCUCAGGAUGAGGGACCGGGUCAAGAUGCCCGUGGAGUGGGCGCUGUACACCCACGAAACCCGCAUGGUGCUGCUCGGUACGGCAACCGGCGGUGUGUCGUACAUCAAGGCCUUCCAGUUCGUGUCCACGGGGCUGGUGACGCUGCCGCCCUUCACGGCGGGGGCGGCGGCCUCUGCCAUAGCGCUCAUGGGCGGUACGGCAGCGGCGGCGGCGGGGGCCGGUACGGCAGGUGGUAGUACGGCAGGGGGAGGUCACGGGGGAGGCGGAGGGGCGCCGCCGCCGCUGGUGGGGAGUCCGGUGGCGGCGGCGGCGGUGGCGACGCCGCCAGCCCGUGUGGCGGCGGACUGCUUGCGGCUGAUCAAGGUGUACGGCAGGGUGUACUGCGCGCACAUCAACCGCCGCUCCCUCCGCCUCGAGCUCUACCGCUUCUACACGGACACGGUCGUACUGCAGCACACGUACGAGCUCUUCUCGCCGUACGUGGAUCUAGCCGUCGUGGAUUCCGUCAUUGUCGUACACUACCACCAGCCGCACCAGCACCACCAUCACAACACCAGCAGCACCGCUCGGACCUCACUGGACAGCGCAGCGGCAGCGGCCGCCACUGCCAGCGGUGGAGCGGCGGAGGACCCUCCUGCCGCCGGUGACGCCUGCGCCGCUGGUUCGACAAGCCCUCCCCCUGAUUCCUGCCUUGCGGGUGUGGCCAUGUUGUUUGACGUGGCCGCCCCCACCUCGCAGCCCAUCGCCAACCCGCUGCCCCUGCGGCUGCUGCACCUGGGGUCAGGCGCGGAAGGGCCGGGUGGACUGGGAUCGGGACCGCAGCAGCAGCAUGAUAUGGAGGAGGUGGUGGAGGGCGCCGGCGGUCUGGAGGAGCAGGGGGCUAGCGGCCAAAGUACGGCGGCAGGGCAGCAACCCCAGCAGCCUCAGGCGCGGCGUUGGGAGUACCUGGCCCCCAAUGUGGUGCUGGACCGCUCCCGCCAGACCGCCUACCGCCUUGCCCUCCACCUGCCCGCAGUGGUGGAGUCGGGCGGCAGCAACCCCGCCGUGCUGGCCGGCUUCCUGCAGCGCCGCAGAGGGGGGGCGGCGGGCGGGGUGAGCAGCAGCACUACAGGUAUGGUAAUGCAGCAGCCUCCGCAGCCUUCUCCGUCCGCAUCUACAUCAGCUGCGGCAGCCGCGUCCAGCCCCUCCCCCAAGGCGCUGCUGCUGUCGGUGGUUCGCAACGCGCUGCAGGAGCGCCUGCCCAUGAGCACCGUACGAGCCAUAUUCGAGGACCUGUGCGCCGGAUACGCAGCGGCGCUGGACAGGCAGGUUGAUGCAGCCGCAGCAGCAGCAGCAGCCAGGGCAGCAGCAGUGACCGCGGCUUCACCUUCGGCAGUGGCUGCUGCGCCACCGUCAGCAGCAGCAACUACCUCCACCUCCGCACCUGCCUCUGCCCCCGCCGCCUCCGCACCCUCCGUGUUGCUGCCCCAGUUCGUGAGCGCUGCCGAGGUGGCCGGGGUGCUGUUCCGGUGGCUGCACGACGAGGAGGUGGUGGACGCGCCCUACCUGCAGGCGGCGCUGUGCGAGUACAUGAGCGCGGCGGAGGGGGCGGGCAUCCCGCUGCCAGAAUACAUGCAGGAGCUGUGGGUGGAGGUGCUGCUGCAGCAGUCCCAGCCCGACCAGGUGGUGCAGCACUUGUACGGCCACCCAGAGCAAUGCGCAAAGCAUGCCGUACAACGACUGCUGCAAGCGGCACCGACACCUCCGCCACCUGCCGUACAUACCGGUGCCACCAGCGUCAGGGACGGCGGCCACAUGGGCGACGUCAGCACCGCCGCCGACACCUCGCCGCUUCCACGUCAGCUAGGGCUUGACGUACUGGCACGUGAGGCCCUGGCGGCCAGGUACGAACCCCUCGCUGGCGGCACCGCUGCCGUACAUCCCAGCGGCGGCACCAGCGGCGGCACCAGCGGCGGCACCACUGACGCCGGCGCCUACGUAUCCGCUCUGCUAGCUGAGGGUCAGGUGCUGCGCGCUGCACGGGUUCUGCGGCGGUACCGAGUGGGGCGGCCCAGCGUGCGGGAGUUCCUGGCGGCGGUGGGGGCGCGGGGGGAGGAGGCGGAGCUGGCGGCGGUGUACAGGGUGUUCCAGGACGAGCUGCUGGCCACCUACCCCAAGUACGACCUGGCGGCGAGGAAGCUGCUGCCGUACCCUGCCACACCUAUAGUGGCGACGGUACCUAGCUGAAACACAGUUGCUGUAGUGGACGGCAGUAGUGUCGUUGAGCUAGCAUAUGAUAUUUGCAGCCAAGCAGGGUGGAGUCGUGUUGCAACGUAACUGUAUGGUACGUAUGGGUGGGGAUAGGGUGACAACUAACAAGGUUUCAUGCACUCAUUGUUUAAGGCCGACACUAAAGGCGGAGGCUGCUGCAUGCAGUCAGACCCGUGCUGCGGUCUGUGUAGCACGAGGAUGGCAUGUAAGCAGAGGGCUGACGAGUUGCUCGAUCGGUGGCAGAGUUGUU